GUGUGUCUGCGUCUGCGUGUGUCAGUGACUGCGGCCCUGUCCUUGCAGCGGUGCUCUGUGCGUCUGCGUGUGUGUCUGUGUCUGCGUGUGUGUCUGUGUCUGCGUGUGUGUCUGCGUCUGCGUGUGUCAGUGACUGCGGCCCCGUCCUUGCAGCGGUGCUCUGUGCGUCGGCCGUCGCUCCCCCCUUCUGAUGGGGCCCCUCCAUCUAUUUCUGGCUCUGCGUCAUGCCUGGGCUUUACUCCUGUGGCAAGACGAGUGUUUCUCUAGGGCUCCCACUCUGCCCGACACACACACCUUCUGACAGACGCACACACAGACUCGCACCGACACACUGCUGCCUGGUGAACUGUGAGCUCACUCACAUGUAAACACAGCGGCGGACGGACGGACGGACGCGAGCGCGAGCGGCUGCCGAAGCACUGGACGUGAUGGGAGUUUGAAAGUUGUGUGUGGUUGUGUGUGUGUGCGUGUGUGUGUGUGUGUGUGUGUGCACGAGGGUGUGUGUGUGUGGCAGAGAAAGAGGCCGUGUGUCCGUUACCGUGGCGAUGGAAGGAAUGCUGUCGGUGACACAGAGGGAGAGCUGGCCAGCGUGGCCUCGUGAGGACGCUUUCUGUCUCCACUCCCGCUGAAGCCCAGCCUCUGCAGACUGACGGUCCUUUUGAUGAAAAAAAACUAAAAGACUUUGAAACUACAGAACGAGGAUCUUCAAGCACUUUCACCUAAAGAAACAUCACUCAAGGAUUCUUCUGCUUUUACAUGAACUGGACAGGAAAUCACUGCACAGCAACUUUAGUGUGUUUACAAAAUUGCAAAAGGAAAGAAUCGUCUCUGAUGUUAUCCACUAAAGUGCCCCUUUUAUUUCUGUGCCCUACUUCCUGUUUCCACUCUGGCUCCACAGUCACUCUGUUCAGGCGAUGGACGGGUACUUCCUGUUUGUUUGAACUCAUUAGCCACCCUCAGAUGUUCAGCUAUCAUGCCUGGUAGGUUGGGGAGCUUGUAAACCUUGAGAACCUGCUCUCCCAAACCCCCACCAUCCCCUCUGUCCUUCCUCCUCUAUCCCAUAGAGGAGCUGUACAAAGAUGGAGGCUCAUGAAUCCUUGGCCACUGGGCAGAAAUGCUCAAGUAAAGAGCCUUUGAAGGAGAAAACACCUCUGCAACGGAAGUGGGCAUCUGAGCCCUCUGCAACCAAACGAAGCACUUUUGCUGACCCAGAGGCAAAACACCGUGAAAGUUUGCCAUGUGGUGCCUCCGGAGGAUCAGCGCCUCAGCAGAAGUAUGCAAUCACAGGGAAUUCUGGGAAGCUGCUAUCUGGACCCUCUGCAAUUGGAGCCAUAGGAGGCCCACCAACUCAAGAUCCCCAAGGACCCUUUGCUCAAGGGUUCCCAAGGGGAUACUCAUACCAGCUCAGCCAGCCAUAUCCUCAGCAUCCCCAACCUGAGCGCUUUCUCUCUGGAGCUAAACCCCAGCCAGGCUUAGAGGCUCAUGCCUGGCCUUUUGCUGGCCAGUUGCCCUCCGAUGACUUGUACCCUGUAGGACACACUCAUCCACAUGGGGCUGGGGCAGGGAGGUUUCCUCGCCAGAAAUCUCCUAGUCUACCUAGCUCCUUCGGACAGUAUUCUCAAUCAGGCUCUGAGCCUGGAGACGAGGGCUACAGCAAAAAAGAGCAGAAACCAAAAAAGCCUGGUAAGUACAUAUGUCACUACUGUGGUCGAGCUUGUGCGAAACCCAGCGUCCUGAAGAAGCACAUCCGAUCACAUACUGGAGAAAGGCCUUACCCUUGUGUACCCUGCGGCUUCUCCUUCAAAACUAAGAGCAACCUUUACAAGCAUCGCAAGUCCCAUGCUCACGCCAUCAAGGCUGGACUUGUACCAUUUUCAGAGCUAGCUCUUGCCCGGGGAGGGGACAUGGACCAGGCUUCCCCAGUGGGUGAGGCCGAGGUCCACUCCGAUGGGGAACAGAGCACCGACACAGAUGAGGAAGUUGACGGCUCCACCAUGCUAACAGACAAAGGCGGCCUCAUCCCACAGAUCUCCUUUGAAGCUGACAAGAAUCCAGGUGUAGGUGGUGUUGAACCAGCAUAUGCAGAUUCAGCUGAAGAGCUGCCUGUGGGGUCCAUGAAAGUGCCUAUCCUCAUCGUCCCCAAGCCUGGAGGAGUUCCCUCCGCAGGGAUGGAGUGCCCUCCAUUUCAGGACAUAAAAGGAUCACACCACAUGUUGGCAUCACAGGCUGGUGUAAGAGCCCAUUCACUGGAUGACUCCCCCUCCAUCAAACAGCGUUUGGCACUGAGGCUAAAUGAGAAGAAAGGCCAAGACGCAGACUCUAUCAUGUCCCAGUCCCUGAACCUACUCAGCCCCCACAGCAAAGGCAGUACAGACUCUGGGUAUUUUUCACGGUCAGAGAGUGCAGACCAGCCAAUCAGUCCUCCAAAUACCAAUGUCAAGACGUACGAGGAGAUCAUGUUUGGUCGGACAUGGUAUUACCGACCCAACUCCAGGUCCAGACAGUCUAUCACAGUGGGUAUUGCAGGGGCAGACCCAGGCAGCAUGGCUAGCCUAAAGCAACCGGGUGCUGUCCUGGACAUGGGUAAGAUAGCUGAGGACCAUAUCUGUUUCAGAGGAGAUGUAGGAAUAUCUGGAGAUCCUAAGCAAUAUCCAACAGGACCUUGCCAAAGCAGCACAGGGCUACUGGAGCCCCCAUCAGAUUCUGGACCGCUCAUUAGGAGUAACUCCAUGCCAACUUCCUCCCCUUCUAACCUCAGUGUACCACCAGGGAUUCGAGGCAGCCACUCUUUUGAUGAGAUGAUGACAUCAGAUGAUGUAUUUUACCCUCCGGGGCUUCGUAGACUCAGAAGACAAGCUGCAUUUGAACAUUCAGCUAAUGAAGCCCACGGAGGAGAGGCAGAGGGCUAUACACAGAUGUCCAAAAACUUUGCUGCAUCCCUGGGUAUGAAAAUUGGAGAACGUAGCCCAGGAGUCCCAGAGCACAUUUCCUACACCUCAUAUGGUACUAAAGCUAUCUCAGAAACAACCACAAGAAAAAGGCGGAAGGAAAAGAGUGUUGGAGACGAGGACGACAGCCCUGGACACUGUGACAGCAGCUGUAGUGGUUCAGUCGAGAUGAUAGGGGACUAUGAAUUUAAACAAGGUAGUCUUGAUGGGUCAAGAGCCACCCUUACAGGCAAGGGCUCCCUUCACAGUGCUCACAGCCAGUCGGACAGCUUUGACACCUGUACCAGCAUGUGCUCUGAAGACAAUGCAUUGUUUCCUGACUCUGAGGGUAGGAAGACAGCUGGGAAUGUCAUAUCAGUCAUCCAGCACACCAACUCCCUCAGCCGGCCAAAUUCCUUUGAGAAAUCAGAGUCUUUUGAACAGCCAGGAUAUCAACCUUCAGACAAAGCUCCAUCCAGCCAGUACUCUGAACAGUCUGACACAGAGAUCUUUGAAGAUGCUCUGAGUCCUGAAUCUGCCAUACUGAGAACAGAGAGCAUGGAGCAGCAGCUACAAAGUGAUAGCGACCUAGCCUCUCUGUCGUCUUCAUCGGCUGCCGCCUCGCCUGGCCAGCCUUAUCACAUCCAACCAAAACUAGUCCGACAACCUAACAUCCAAGUUCCGGAGAUCAGGGUGACUGAAGAGCCAGACAAGCCUGAGAAAGACCUCGAUGCGCCAAUGGUCAAGGAACCAGAGAAGCAACAGCAUGUGGAGGAGUUCCAGCUACCACAGAGGAGUGACACUCUCGCCCAGAUGCCAUCAGAAAAGCUGCCACCUAAGAAGAAGAGGCUGCGUUUGGCAGACAUGGAGCACUCCUCUGGGGAAUCGAGCUUCGAGUCAACCUGCACCAGCCUUUCACGCAGCCCCAGUCAGGAGAGUAACCUCUCCCACUCCUCGUCCUUCUCCAUGUCCUUUGACCGAGAUGAAGGCCUCAAGUCUGUCUCACCCACCAAACAGGAUGACUCACUGCCCCCUGGUGGUGGCGUGAAGCCGUCAGAGUUCCUAACGGUUCCUGGCAGUGGUCAUUCCAGCCACCAUCAACAGAGGGAAAUGAGGAGGUCGUCGUCAGAGCAGGCGCCGUGCACGCUGCCCACGGAGUUGCCUGAAAUGCGCAGCAAAUCCUUCGACUAUGGAAGUUUAUCGUCCUCCAGACAGGGAGAGCUGUACUCCAGCUCCUCCGCCAUGAAGGAACGCCGGCGCGGAUUUCUUGUCCGACAGGCUUCACUCAGUGUUUAUCCAGAGACCGUCCCCCACGAGCCAGCAGGCGGUGAGAUGUCAAUCAAACAAGAGAGUCUGGAACACGGGCCAUGGCCUGGACCAGCAGCAUCCCCCUACAGCAGCUCGGACUCAGGUGGCAGAACCAAGAGAGUUGGCAGCGCUGGUGGAUCUCACCAACACCAACAGCACCACCCGCAUCUCCUCCAGCAUAGCAUCAGUGAAGACAGCCUCCAGGAUGAGCCGGUCUACAGGUCCCAGCAACAUCGGCUUCAGACACAGGGCUCAUCAUCUGAGGGAGAACAUCCAGGUCAUGAGAUCAUCAACAAGGACGUGAUGCAGCAGUACCAGAGCAGCCCCCCGUUCCUCUCUUUCCAGCAAGCAGGUUUGUUCUGGACUCAAGAGGCUGCACAGACGCAGAGGCAUCAGCUCACUCUUCAGGCCCAGCAGCAGCUCCAAAAGCUCCACAUCAGGUCACAGUCUACCGCUCCUGGACAUUCGCCUCACAAACAGCCACCAAUCUACCCGCUGCAGCAAACCCAUGAUCUACAGACUCACGAGGGCAAAUCAGAAAGAGCUCAGAUAUAUCCUGCCCCGUCUCGCACCUCUCCUCUGUCUAAGCAGCAGCAGCAGCAGAAUUCUGGGUGUCUUUCCUCUAAGCUGUCCCUCCCCAGCUCCACCUCCAGCCCCAUGCUGCUGCAGCAGAUACAGCCUGUCUUUGCCACCCAGAACCUGGGCUCCCAGGCUACCCUGCCUGGCAUGCUUGUUCCUGUGCGGGUCCAGACUCAUGUGCCAUCAUUUGGUAGUGUUAUGUACACCAGUGUUAGCCAACUAAUCGCAACCCAUGGCAGUGCAACACAAGGGGUUGGCUCAGCGAAGUCAGGAGGCGCUGACAACAGCAACAUUUCUCCUCCAGUUGGUGUCGCAAGUGUCGCCAAAGCCCCCAGAGGAAUCGGGGGAGGCAUCAGUGGGCCGGGUUUUAACUUGGCACACUUCUUGGGACACAGCGAUGGCUCAGGCCUGCACUACCCGCUCUGGAAGGCUCCAGAUCCGCUGCAAGAACAGCAGCUGAACACAGGGAUCCCACUGUCGCUAACAUCAGGCACUAUAUCCACCACGGAUGCUUCAGGUUCUGGCAUUGGAGGCAGCAAGCGAAUGCUGUCCCCUGCGAGCUCCCUGGAGCUCUUCAUAGAGACUAAGCAGCAGAAAAGAGUGAAGGAGGAGCGCAUGUAUGGACAAAUUGUUAAAGAAAUGAGCGCGGUGGAGUUGAGUGGAGCUGAAGGUUGCAGCGUUGAUAAUGUGCAGGCCAGAGGUGAGCGCGACCUGAAGAGCGAAGGCUCCAUAGACGAGUCUGAAAGGAUGUCCUCCUCCCCUCCACUGGGCGGCUUCCCUCUUUCCACCAAGAUCUCCAUUCCUGUUCGAUCGUCUGCCCCCCACCUCUCUGACGUAUCCUGGGCGGAGACUUUCACCCCUCCUCUCCAGAUUGUCACAGACCGUUCCCCAGGUUCAGGAGGCCGGGACUCCCCUGAGGACCUCGAUGUGGACGAUUCAGCCCCGGAGCCCAACUCCAGCCCCCAGUCCAUGGUGUCGUCCAAUGACGCAGACGACAAUGCUGACAAUGCCAAGCAGUGUCCUCCCAGUAAAAUGCCCGUCAGCAUGCUGGUUCAACUGGCUGCCAGUCGAGGUGUAGGUUUGUCUGGAGCAGUGGGCCAGACUCUGCUCGUCACAGACGUGGCUGACGUCCAGCAGCUCUUCCAUUUCCCCAGCCUGCGCACCACCAGCAGAGUCAGCUGGUGUUUCCUGAACUACACCAAACCCAACAGCACGCCGGCCGCGCUGCGCAGCUCCGUCUACGGCUCGUGGUGCGUGAGCUCAUACAAUCCCAACCCCCUGAACCUCAGCACCAAGGCUGCGCUGGCCCUGCUGAGGUCCAAGCAGAGAAGGAACACGGACCUGUUCACCACGGCAGCGCUCUCGCCACCCAGCUCUGGGAAGCUGGUGUCAUCGGUGGCCUGGAAGCUGAGGUUCGAUCAGUUAAAGCCAGAGCUGAUGCCCGUGGAAGUCACUCAUUUUGGGAGGAAGAUGAAGGGAGUGGUGUCCUGGGAGCGUUCAAAGGAAGAGCAGGUCGAGAAGGAGGUGUCAGUCAAACAAGCCAGCAACGAACCCACUCGCAUCAAAAUCUUCGAAGGCGGGUACAAAUCCAACGAGGACUACGUGUACGUGCGCGGCCGCGGCCGAGGGAAGUACAUCUGCGAGGAGUGCGGCAUCCGCUGCAAGAAGCCCAGCAUGCUGAAGAAGCACAUCCGCACGCACACCGACGUCCGGCCGUACGUCUGCAAGUUCUGCAACUUCGCCUUCAAGACCAAAGGAAACCUGACGAAGCACAUGAAGUCUAAGGCUCAUAUGAAAAAGUGUCUGGAGUUGGGAGUCUCCAUGUCUUCAGUGGAGGACGCGGAGGCAGAUGAAGAUGUUGGCGACGAAGGCCAGAGGUGCUCGGAGAAGGGUUCCAGAGGCGCCAUGACGGAGCACCAGUUCUCAGACGCCGACGACUCGGAGGGCGGAGAGGAAGACGGCGACGAGGUGGACGACGAAGACGAGGACGAGGACGACUACGACGGCGACUCCACGCCCAAGACGGGGUCCCGCUCCACCAGCCCGCAGCCGUACGGGCUGCCCUCGCUGUCCGUCACGGCCGUGGCCUCCUCCCACUCGCCGUCCAACGUCCUGGGACACGCCGCCAAGCCGCCUCUGUUCGGCUACUUCACCACGGUGCCGAGCAUCCAGAUCACGCCGCAGGCUCCGCCCAGCGACCCGGCGGGGGCGGAGCCUGGGCAGGAGUACCAGCGCGGCCUCCAGAGGGCGCUGGGCAGCAGGCUGCUGGCCCCGCCCCCCUCCUCCAUGGAUGAAGACCUCCCCCUCUCGUCUCCAGACCUGUCCUCCUCCUCGCGCCUGUCCUCGCCGGUGCUGGACCACUCCGGCUGCCCGUCCCCCAUCUCCCCUGCGUCCUCCCCUUUGGCGCGGCACUAUCUCUCCCCACGCCGCGACCUCUCGCCUCGUGCCAGACACCUCUCCCCCCGACGGGACAUCUCACCUCUGCGUCACAUCUCCCCCAAGCGAGACCUCGGGGCUUCUGGCGGAUACCGGCGGGACCUCUCCCCCAGGAGGGGACACCUCUCGCUGCUCUCCCCUCUCUCUCGCCCCACAUCUCCAGCAGGGAGGGACUACAAGCGCGACCUUUCCCCACGAGGGCGCAGGGGGAUGAUCCGUCCGGUUUCUCCUCGUCGAGGGCUCCACCAACACCUCCAUCACCAAAGCCAGCAGAGUGGAGCUCGGAGCCUCAGGCAUCAGAGCGGCCUGUUGGCGCAGGGAGACUUUGGGCCUCUGCGCACCAGAACCAGCGCAGAAAUGGAGAUGGUCUAUCGUCAAGAUUUAUCGUCGCCAGGGGAACAGGACCGAGGUGGUAGCCGUGGUAACCAGUCCAGCCCUCCUCACCAAGGCCUGUUCAGUCACCUCCCACUCCAUUCCCAACUCCAGGUGCGGUCGCCCUUCCCGAUGAUCCCCAUCGGAGGCAUCCAGAUGGUACACUCCGUCCCCACGUCGGUCACCACUCCUCUGGCCCAGCAGGGGGCGCAGCAGGCAACGCCUCGCCUGGCGCUGCACAAGAGCACGUCGGAAGACUCGGCCAGCGAGGUCGCUUACUCCUUCAUCGAGAGGGGAAGACGAGGAGGAGGAGAAGAGAGGCUGAGGGAGGUGGCCUCGCCUCACCCCUCCCUGCAGGAGGGGGAGGGGGGAGGGAGGCAGGAGCAGGAGGAGAGCAUCCAGACCUGCACCAAGGCCAUCGCAUCGCUCUGCAUCGACUCGGAGGAGCCUGCUGACAAAGGAGCAAGCAGAAGGGGUGACGGGCAAGAUGGAGGCAGAGGCCCUCCUCCCUCCUCCUCCUCACCCUCUGGCCUGUCCCCCGACUCCCAGCAGCACCAGCGCUCACCAUCCAUUUCCAUGUCGCCGCCGUCUCCUCACCCCUCGUCCCCUCCUCAAGGUCCAGGGAUUCAGCACUUUAGCAGCCUGGAGCUCAGGCCUCCCCACGCCUCCCUCCCCACCUCCCCCCGCUCCACCUCCUCCUCGUCCCCCUCCUCCCCUCACCCUCACAGCCCCGGAUCUGACACCCACCAGCCUCUGACCGCAUCCAAAGCCCUCAAGCUGGAGAGGGACCGGGAGGCAGGAAGCACGAACAGAGUCAAGGACGUGUCGUGAUGUGGAAAGCUGGAUUUGUUGUUUUGGGAUAAAAGGAAGGGAUGAAGUGCAGGGCGAGGAAUCGAGUUUUGCACACUUUAAUAGACCUCACGCACACAACCCAUGAGCAUCAGCUGUUGAAUAGAAGUCAACACACCAGACUCAGUCAUGUGAAGACAUUAAACCCGCUUGGUGGCGCCCACCAACAGAACCAAGCCUGACCCAAACCUGCUAAAGACAGAGCCUGGUUCAACGGUACGUCAGGUGACGGCUGCACGCGUGCCUUUUCUUUAACGUGGUCGUUGGUUCAUGUAAAUAGGAUCUUCUCACGUAUCAGCUUUGUAAUCGAUGCAGCCCCUCCUCCUUUUCUCCCGGUUCUUUUUUAUGUGGGUUUUGGAAACCUUAAAGGUCUCGACAAGCGAUGUGAACUUAUGGAUAUUAUUAUUGUUAUUAUUACGUAUGGUUGCACUAAAACAUAUUUUUAUAUGAGUGAAAUUUCAAAAAUGGCUUUUUUGUGUACAGCAGCGAUUCUAUAAUACUAUUUAUUACCGUUACCAUGUUUCAUAAAUUGUACAUUUUUUGGUAAAUGUCGUGGAUGCCUUUUCUAUGUAAAGCAUGGGGGUUUGCUAUGGCUGCGCUAGAGUGAGGAUGUGUACACUGUACUAUGGCUUCAUAUGUUAGACCUAUUUAAAUGCCCUGUACCUGGAGGUAUAUACACAUAGAAGUAAUAUUUACCCAGCAUAUGCGUACAUGCAGUAUCUCUCCACCUCUAUCUAUCUAUCUACCUAUCUAUCCAUCCAUCUGCACUUAACACUCAAAUUAAGGUUAUCGUACUGUGCUCGUACUUUCUCUCUGCUGCUCUCUGCUUGUGAUUUUUUUGCUUUACCUAUUUUUGUGGUAUUAUUUCUUGUUUGGGUUUUUGAGAAGAGGCACGGAUCACGUGAACAAACACGCCUUCGCACGAGAGUCACCGCACACCUUAGUUGAAGGCAGCGCCACUGGAAAACAGGGAAAACAUUCCAGUCCAUGUAAAUAUUCAGUCGCCUCUCUGAGACACGCUGGUGCUCAGUUUAACGGAGGACUCGCGUUCAAACACAUCCACCCAACUCUCACAUGCACCUUAUCUUUGUUCUGUGAAAGUCCAGCACUCUGAUCCGCUUCGAUGCCACAGACCGGCAGUGUUGAUCCAAACUCCCAACUUUAAAACCGUCUCAAUCUAUAAUAAUAAUAUUAGUAAUAAUAAUAUGGUGUUUAACAUGAAGCUUUCUGCACUGCUCUUUGUGCCCCCGGUCUCCUGGACGUCCCUUUUGUAGCUAAGCAAUAUUUAGCCAAUGCUCUGCUCUCCAGCAGGGAGUGUAUUUGUUGCAAGGCAACGAUAGCAUCUUUACAAUCCUACAAUCAGGAGCAGUCGGGGUCGUGGUGAUUUUCAGUGACACAACUCUUUAGUGUUGACAGAUUUGGAGUCAGACAGACUCUGACGUGAGUGUGCAUCUCUGUAUUCUGUAUCGUGUGUAUUCAACCAGUAUAUCCUCUCCUUAACACUUUUUUCUAUUUGGAUCCCUCUUAUGUACACUUAUCAUGACAACAACGAUGUCUUUAAAAAUCUCUUUCUCUCUUUCAAAGAUAUCAAAGCACAAGUCAUUGUAUGGAAUGACAACAAUACAAAAAAAGCUUAAAAAAAAGGUAGACGUGCAUUUAAAAGGGCAACGUUUGUGAUGGUGUUCUGUGGAUUUAAUACAAAUAUAAUGUAUGAGCCCAGUUGCAACGAGGAAUCGCAGUAGAAGUGGAAAAAAUGGAUUGUUGUUUUGAAAUAAAUAUGAAUAGAACCAUG